CAGCACACGUUACCUAUUCAUCUUUGUGUUGCAUGCAACCCGUAGCUGGAAAUCUCUCACAGCAUUAACAUGUGCAGAGGACUGGAAUCACUGCCAAUUACGUGUCUGGAGAGGGCUAAGCAAUUCAAGGCUCGGCUCGGAAGCUUUCUGUUAAAACAGGAGCUCAGUGUAACUGUUCUCCAGAACAAAGCUGACAAGCUGAAGACAGAGGACGCGCUUGAGUGGAGAGCGUCCUUCCAGAGUCUUCUGGUUCACAAAGAUGGACUACAUGCCUUCAGAGAGUUCUUGGUGUCUGAGUACAGCGAGGAAAACAUAGCAUUCUAUCUCGCCUGCGAUGACUACAAGAAAACAAAGACAUCUUCCAAGAUGUGCUCCAAAGCUAAGAAAAUCUAUGAAGAGUUCAUUAGACAUGAUGCACCAAGAGAGGUGAAUCUCGAUCACGAGACUAAAACCAUCACAAAAAAGAAUGUAGAGAAUCCCACGCCUUCCUGCUUUGAGCUGGCUCAGAGCAAGAUCUACACUCUGAUGGAGAAGGACUGCUACCCAAGAUUCCUCAAAUCCACCCUGUGUGUGGACCUGAGCAGGCAGCUCUCUCCCUAAGGACAUCUCCAGGGAUCAAGCCUGGAACAUUCCUGGAACACUUCAGGGACACAAGGUGCAUGCGGUCAUUUAGAGGAGUAUCUUGGAUGGAACCAAGGUUGGAGCCAAAGAGUAGUGGAAGAAACUGCAAGAAACUGACUGGAAGAUGCCUACGCUAUACCAGCAUUGGGUCAUACACAAAUGCAGGUCGGGAGGUUGUACUGUAGCACUGGAACAAAACCGUGAGGUCAAAAACUCGAAAAUGCAAACCUUUUGCACAAACAAUGUAGAAAAAAUUUGUUUGGUUUUCUUGUAUGCUCAUAUUUUUCGCUUCUGUAUUUAUUGACAACUGUUUUUUUCUGUAUUUAUUUAAUUUUAUGACACUGAUAUUUAUUUAAAAAGUAUAUUUUACACAAAUACCACAUGCUGACUGAUGAUUACACUGUGAUGUAUGGAAUUCUGAAGGAAUAAAAAAUUUGAACUAA